AUGGGGAAAACACGUCCAUUGACUCAAACGCCAAACGCUACUGGAACUGAGUCACCACAAAGCGGUCGAUCGACGAAGAGUGGCGCUAAACGCACCGAAUUCGCUCACGAUGAUCCACAUGCUGUCGCUUCGACUGUUCUGCAAAAUUUCAGUUACAGCGAUGAAGAUUGCCUAGCAAAAUACAAGGCCUUAUCGACUCUUCAAGAUUUUAAUGGCGCAUUUCCUGGAAAUCUUCAGGAGAAACUUAUACGAGGCGCAUUGAAGGCUAAUGAAGGGUCCCUUCCAUGUUUUCUAUGUCAGAAAGUUCUCUCUUCUUCUGUAGGCCUCGUUCUUCACAUAAAGAAAUGUCAAGGGAGUCCAGAAGCUGAGAAAGUCGAUGUUACUCCUCCAAAACCUGUUCGUCCAUCCUUGGUGCCAAAAAGACGAUUGACUAUAUCGGUAUCUUCAUUGGAGCAGUUGAAGGAUGAGCCUUCACUGUGGUUACGUAUUAAUGAAAAAGAGAAGUUAAACCUUCUGAAACAGUUCUUUCCUGAUGGGAGGAUUGAGUGCUUCGCUAUCCACAAAGAUGAUGAAAUUUGUUCGUUAUUCUUCGAUUAUAAGGAAGCUAUUACUCAUUUGGAUUCUAGCAUUAAACCGAUGUAUCUUACUUUCGUUGCAAAGGGAGCUGAAUUUCGGAAAUUAGACAAAAAAGUGAGAUCUCGAUACGUUCGAGAAGGAUUGAGAGCUAACCUCGAGCUGCCCUGCCUUGAAUGUGGUAGAAUGUUUCGUCAUCAGUAUGGCCUCAUGUACCAUGUUGAGCGAUGCAACGUUUCCGAAGAAGAAAUGCCUUGGAAAUGCUACCGAUGUGGUUUCCAUACGACACGUGCGGAAUCCUACAAGCACCUCGAACUAUGUUGGGGUGAAGCGAAAUUGCAGCUAGACAAGGAAGAACUAACCGGCGCAGUUAUGGGUGGAUUAGGUGACGUGAAUUUGAGAAGUGGAAAGUCAAUUUUGAAGGGAGCAAGUGAAACAAUAAUGAUCAAUGGAGAAGCCAAGCCACUCAGCGAACUUAGUGCUCAGGAAGCUUUAGAAGCCUUGAUUGGUCCAGGAAAGUCCAUAAAAGGGAAAAAACGUCGUUCUGCAGCUAACAAUAGAGUAAGUAUCUCUGCUGGACUUAUUCCGGAAUCCGCCACUAGGAUGUCACUUACCGGCGACGGAAAAAUGCGGUUUAAGUUCAGGAAAGCUGAUGCUAGAGGUUGUCUUUCUGGAAUUUCUGAGUACCCAAAGUAUCUUGAACAUGUAAUGGAAGCUCAUAAACAGUGGGCGCAAGAAACGGCUGCUCUACCGUACUGCGGACGUCUUCUCGAUAUUGAGGCAUCGGUAUGGCAAACAGCAUACGAAUCAUCUCAUUUGCCAUUCAUCAGUAAGGAAUCUGUUGGGUUCCGGAUACGUGAAACUGAUGACAAGAGUGGUCACGAAAAAGUUCCCGAAACUUGCGAACGGUUAAGAGUAUUCUCAUCAACCGAACUGAAGCGUGAAAUUUACGACCAUGUAACGAUUGCGUACUGUGGGGGGCCUAUCAAUACAAUAAGUAUUGCUCCAAAUACCAUGCCAGGAAAUGAAGAAGUGGUUGCUAUUGUCGCAUACCCAUGUGAUACGUCCUUAGUUGGCAAGGAUAUGAUGAAAACAUCCAGCUAUAUACAGUUCUGGAUGCACAAAUGUAAAGGGCUGAGAUCCAGCCUUCUUCCAUGGUUCGUUUUGAAGUCCAAUUUUGGUGUAGUUUUCGAUGCCCACUGGUUAGACAGACCGAAGCCGUCUGAAGAUAGCACAUUGAUAGGCCUCCUUGCGGUAGCAACAGCUCAAGGAGCAUUGUUGAUAUACAGGCUAGAUUCAACUACCGUUAGUACUGCUCUCUGUAAUCCUAAAAGAUUACCUGUAGUUGAACCAGAACCUGAUCUCAUACUAUAUCAGACGAGGCAGUGGCAUUCUGAUGACCAGAGUCAUGAAGAGAAUGCCGAGCAGCACUUUCCACCUUCUUUGACCUCUAUUGCCUGGUGUUCAAGAGGUGAAGCGCAAUACGUAGUUGCUGUGAAUGCAGCAGGAGGAGUCGUAAUUUGGGACAUCCAGCGUUCUACCGAUGCUCCUUACGUUCUACUAGACUCGAGUUGGUGCUCUCCUGCUACAAAUGCUGCGUUCAUCAACGGAUUCGAAGUGGCGGUCGCAUUUCGUGAACGGGUAAUUCGUGUAUACGAUGUGAGGACAUACCAAUGUACUCUUGAGGAGGGUACGGUUCGAACUGCAGGUGCACGGGCAACCUCUCAACCGCGUAUAUUUUCUGGAUUCUUCACAUUUCAAUCUGAAUAUUUCGCAGCUGGCGAGGUUCCGUCUAAUGGAGUCAGUUUUGUCUGCACGGAGGCGAAGAGUGAUGGCUUCUUUGUUGUGCCUCUUGCAAACAGACAUGAACUCAUGACGUGGGAUGUCAGUGCAAGCUCUCAAAAUGCUGUUGUUGUGAGUUGUGGUCUUGACGGCAAGCUGUUGCUUUCAUCAAAUGGACGCCUUGUUACGGCUGCGAACACGGCAGAUUACGGAUUUAGUCUUAUGAGGACAGCUCUGACGAUUGUCCGGAAGCGUACGAGCUCACCAGAAGAGGAGAGCAUUCAGGAGUUGGUCUGCAAAAUGGAAAUCCCAGAAGUAAGCAGUAAGCAACCGUCACAUACUGAUGAAGAGAAGAAGAAACGCGCACGUCCGGCCUAUAUGACUCAUGAGGAGUCUGUGGAAAACCUGUGGUUGGAUAUUCAUCUCAAUCCUGACUCGCAAAAACUUCGCUCCCAAACGCAGUUUUCAUGCUUAGAUUUGCGGAUAGAGUCACUGAAUCGUGUUGCAACGAAUUUUCAUACAGGACCUUGUGUUUUCACGGGUGGACAAGCAGGCCUGAUCUUCAUUCGGCCGUGCGUCAUUGACGCCGAAAAACCUCUUAUCAACAACGUAUUGAACUUCCCAGUCGAGUCCAAUGAGAAACCUUUUGCGAAGUUGAAGAAAACGUGA